AUGUUUCUUUCUUUUGUAUGUAAAGCACGGGGCUUAAUAUUGUUAUACAACUUCGGUAAUUAUCUUUUUGAAUACAUUUGGUCUUACUUGACUAACUCAACAGUUUGGGAAAAGAUUGAAAAUAAAUUUGUAGUAGUUACCGGUGCCACACAAGGGAUUGGUAAAGAAAUUUGUAAACAACUAGCAUUUAGAAAAGUAAAAUUAUUGAUGAUCGAUAAUAAUAAAGACAAACUAGAAUCUUUAAAAAAUGAAUUGGCCAGUCAAAUUGAGUGCGAAUUUUAUGUUAUUGAUUUUAAAAUUACCGCAGAAAAUUAUAAUGUUUUUUCAUUUCUUGAAGAUUACGAUGUGGCUGUUUUAAUAAAUGCAGCAACUACAGCUGACAGAGGUGUAGAAUCUUUUUUAAAUCGUAGAAAUGACGUAAUUAUUCAAACCAAUAUCUUAAGCACAGUUCAUAUCACUCAUAGAGUCGCCGCACAAAUGACUGAAAAAAAAUUAGGAUAUAUUUUAUUUAUCGGUGAUUCUGCAUUUGAUAUACCCGUUCCAUACAUUGCAGUUUAUUCCGCCACUUUAGCAUUUUUAAACCAGUUUGCCUCAUCUUUAUAUUACGAAAUAAAUAAAUACGGAAUCGUAGUUGAGUAUAUAAACUACAGUCCAGUUUUAAAAGCACAAUUAGAUACAUAUAAUUCUAUAGAUACAAAAAAAUUUGUAACUUCACUAUUUAAAACAUUUGGCUCGAACAGAAGAAUUAUUCCUAGACUUAAACAUAUUUUUUGGCAAUGUAUUGUAGAUUUAAUUCCACGUUGGAUUAUAGGUCGUUAUAAGUCAAACAUACACGAGAAAAUAGAACUUAAAAGAGAAUUUUUAGAACAAAAGAAAAAACAAUAA